AUGGCCGACUUAGAGGCUGUGCUCGCUGAUGUCAGCUACCUCAUGGCUAUGGAGAAGAGUAAAUCUACUCCAGCUGCCAGGGCUAGCAAAAAAAUCGUCCUUCCCGAUCCUAGUGUUCGCAGUAUCAUGCACAAACAUCUUCAAAAAGUUAACGAAGUCACUUUUGACAAGAUCUUCAAUCAGAGACUGGGAUUUUUAUUAUUCAAAGAUUUUUGUGAAAAUGUCUACGACCAACCUGUGCCACAGCUCAAAUUUUACGAGGAG